AUUGAUUGACGGUUUCUGUUUGAAGCGGCCAUCAUCCCUAACCUUAGAGGAUUGGAGCGAAGAUGCUGCGAGUUGCAGGGAGGAGGCUUUUGUCUGUUCAGCAGAGAUCAUCGACUGCGACAUCCGUCGUCUUUGCCCGAGAUUAUACCAUCUCCAAUGGUGGUGACUCCUCUUCCACCCCAAGAUCUGUUCCCUCAGAUCUUUCAUCUUUCAGUUCUUACCACCGGAGCCUUAUAAGAGGUUUCUCAUCUCAAGUCAUUACUCAAGGAAACGAGAUAGGUUUUCCCUCCGAAGUCCCAGCCACCGUGGAGGCUGUCAAGACACCUAACUCGAAGAUUAUCUAUGAUGACCAUAACCAUGAGCGUUACCCGCCUGGUGACCCUAGCAAGCGUGCCUUCGCGUAUUUCGUCCUGUCCGGUGGGAGGUUUGUCUACGCCUCUGUUCUCCGCCUUCUUGUUCUGAAGCUCAUUGUCAGCAUGUCCGCAACUAAAGACGUCCUUGCCCUCGCAUCCCUCGAGGUCGACCUCGGGAGCAUCGAACCGGGAACCACUGUGACCGUCAAGUGGCGUGGUAAGCCCGUGUUCAUCAGGAGAAGAACAGAAGAUGACAUCAAGCUGGCCAAUAGCGUGGAUCUUGGAUCUCUGAGAGACCCUCAAGAAGAUGCGGUCAGGGUCAAGAAUCCGGAGUGGUUAGUGGUUGUUGGAGUCUGCACUCACUUAGGGUGCAUCCCUUUGCCGAAUGCUGGUGACUACGGUGGUUGGUUUUGUCCGUGUCACGGUUCGCAUUACGACAUCUCUGGAAGGAUUAGGAAAGGUCCUGCACCGUAUAACCUGGAAGUACCAACCUACAGCUUCUUGGAAGAGAACAAGUUACUCAUUGGUUGAUGAUGA